AUGAUUGCAACUGUCAGAGUCAUCGCCGUCGCCGUCGCCGUCGCCGUCAUCGUCACCGUCACGCCGCCAGCUAGCAAGAUCCGUCAGAUCCAGGCCAACACGCCAAGACAAAGGCCCAAGCCUCGUCCGAGCUUGGAACCUUCCUUCGAGGUCGCGUGA